CCACUAUAAAGUUCUGUUGGCCCCCCCGACUUCAGGUUUCGUGAUGCAAUUCAUUCCCUUUUUUUCUCUUUCUUUCUCUGGGGAAUCCCAGUGCUGGUAUAACUUGAGGAGCAGUUCGCAACAAGAUUUUGACUAGCUGGAGACGAACACAUCUCAACCGCUGCAUAUUCACGGGUCAGCAGCCAUUAGAGCACGCACACGACACUGCGCACAGCCUCAUACGCAUUUCCUGACUAGGGCUCUGUGAUUUGCUUGUUGAAGAAGCACGACUUGUCUCUCCGGCAACCAGCGCAAGAGAAAGAGAAGAGAGAGAAAGGAGAAACAAAAUCACCACAAUCAGACUGCCAAAACAACGGGCUGCCUUACCCUUUGCAAGGCCCCGGUUGAGAGUGCCGCGACACAUUCACCUUCUACCGGCGGUUCAAUAGUUUUCGUCAAUCGACGUACACGCCUACAAGCACGUCUCGAAACAGCCAUGGCGACAUUACACCACCCUUCGUUCCCAGCAGCAGCACUGCCCGCUCCCACCUUUUCGCGGCCACCACCGACCACGACAACGACAACGACGUCAAUGACAAAGAAGAAGUCGGCCAAGAAACCCCGCUGGACGAGCCUGCCCGCGGAGGAGCGCGAGGCCAAGAUCGCGGCGAGGGACGCGGCGCUACAGGUGAUGCAGCAGAGAGCUGCUACGGCUCUGGCCAGGGCGGCGCAGGGAAGCAACUACAACAUCAACAGCAAGGGGGUUAGGAGUAGUAAGAAGCGGCGCCAUCGUGACAUUGCUCGUGACAACAUGGCCCUCCAAGAGGGUGGUGGUGGUGGUGGUGGCGGGCAGAUACAACAACAACAACAACAACACCAAGACGACCACGAAGACCAAGACAGCGAGGAUCAGCGGCCAUCGAAGCGGCGACAAUCACAGCUGCAAGACAGUGUGGAAAAGGGAGACGAGGAAGAUGGGGAGCACGGGGAUGUGGUCAUGGACGACAGCACGCCGCGAGAGCAACCGCCACAGCCGCAGACGCAGCAGGAAAUGGACCAGGCCGCAAUGCAGAGAGCCCGGGCUCUGGUCGCCGAGGAGAUGAAGAAGGCCGAGGCUGCGGCGUCCGCCACCGCCGCCGCCGCCGCCGCGGCUCCGGCUUCGAAUACUACUUCUACUACUACUACUACUGAGCCUGCUCCCGAUGCUGCUGCUGCUGCUGCUGCUGCAGCAAACACAGUCGAUGCAGCCGAAGCCACUGCCACCGCCGUGGAGACCACAGAGAGCGUUGGAACUGCAGAGACCACGGGCGCCGCAGCCGCCGACGAGUCUUGCACAGUAAUCACUACUUCAACAACAGAUGAUGCAGCACCUCCUCCCCCGCCAGCACCGUCCACGGACGCGGACAUCCCCAUCACAACGACGGCGACAACAGCGACAGAAGCCGCCGCUGCCACCACCACUGCCACCACCACUACCACAGAACCCAAACCGCCUGCCGCUGUGCCAGCGAGCAAGAAGAAGGCCUCGGCGCCUUCCGCGACGAUAACGAAGCGCACGACCAGGAGCACGGCGAAGAAACUCGCAGAUGGCGGCAAUGGCGCCGCGGCUUUGGCCUAG